AUGAUGAAGCCUUUCAAUAGACCAUACUCGAGCUUUACAGAUCCAUAUUUAAAGCUUUAUUUCGAAGAUGAACGACGAUUGAAACAAUUACAAAAGUUUGGUUUGACUAAUAACAACAACGAAGUUUACCCCGAAGUAGUUUAUCAAGCGAAUAUUGCCCAAGCUGAAAGAACAGAAAUUGCUGCAGUAUUGAAAUUUCAAAAGGAGGCUCGACAAGAAUUGCACAAACAGCAUUUACGACUUCACAAGAAGUGGAACGAACAGGAAAAUGAAAAGAAACGUCAACGAGCUGCAAGUGCAAAAGUAAUCAGUGCAAUACUCUAA